CCCUGAAUCUGGAGGUGUGCGUUUUCACACUUCUAUACCUUUUGCCCGAUGGGAGAGGGGAGAAGAGGGAGUGGCCGGGGUGUGACUGGUCCUUGAUGAUGCUGCUGGCCUUGCCGAGGCAGCGUGAGGUGUAGAUGGAGUCAAUGGAAGGGAGGUUGGUUUGUGCGAUGGUCUGGGCUGCGUCCACAAUUCGCUGCAAUUUCUUGCGGUCUUGGAUGGAGCUGUUCCCAAACCGAGCUGUGCACGUCUUUGGAGUGUGGGAGGAAACCGGAGCACCCGGAGAAAACCCACGCACGUCACGGGGGAGAAGGUACAAUCUCUGUACAGACAGCAGCCGAGGUCAGGAUGGAACCCGGGUAUCUGGAGCAGUGAGGCAGCAACUCUACCGCUGCACCACACGUGCGGGUCUGGAAAGGAGGAAAUCGAUGCUGGACGUGAAUUUACGGUGACAUCACAAAUGAUUAAUUGUGAAUGUUUCUUGGUGGUGACGUGAUAUCUCCGAGUGGCUUGAUCCUACCAGAGGAGCUGCCUCCCUCUGCGAAAUGCUGAGGCUCCAGCCUGUGGACAUCUGCCCAAGUGUCUCCAUGGUGUUUGGUGAACCCUCCCGAGAAGCUGUGAACGGAAUAUAAGGCAGGAUGAGUCCGUCUUUCAAGUUAGAGGUGGUGGGACUUGUGCAAGAUCCAAGGUUCCACACUGUGACAGUAACUGCUCAGGUGCUAAAGCUGGGAUUUCCUUCUCGGAUCACCAAGCUGGUGAUACGCCCACUGCUGGAAUUUGCUUGGGACAGUUACUUGGCUGAAAUGAAGAAGAUGGGAGAGAGUGAAGUGUGGGGCUUCACCUCGUGUGUGAUGUGCUUCCUCGAUGGCCAGCUGCUGGGUGAUGAGAAGGAUUUCCUGCAGUGGGCCAGGGUGGAGUUUGCCUACACUGACUACAGACCGCAAUCGCUGUAUCGAGCAAUCACCGAUGACUUUCAUUCAAAGUACCUAAAGAACACCAAGCACAUAUUUGUCUACUUGGAGAUUGCCAUUGAUCAACAGCCUGUUGGGAAAUUGUUAUUGGAGCUUUUUACAGAUAAGUGUCCGAAAACCUGCAAGAACUUUGAGACGUUGUGUACAGCACAGACUGCAUCCACAUCUACAGACUCACAGCUAUGCUACAAAGGAACGAUAUUCCACAGACUGGUGAAGAACGGCUGGAUUCAAGGAGGAGAUGUCCUGUCAAGUCGAGGAGACGGUGGAAAGUCUAUCUACGGAGAAACAUUUAACGAUGAGAACUUUGCAAUCUCACACUGCAAGAGAGGAGUCCUAGGAAUGGCUAACAGAGGGCCACACACUAAUGCAAGCCAGUUCUACAUCACACUCCAGCCAGCACUCUGGAUGAACACCAGAUUUGUCUCAUUUGGACAUCUGAUAGCAGGCACAGACGUUCUUGAAAAAAUGGAAUCGAUACCAACAUAUAAUGAGAGACCGACAGUGGAAUGCAAGAUUACCGAUUGUGGCUACUAUGUCCCAUAAACACUCGUGCUCCUUCAGAUUGAAUAAAAUAACAUCCCGUUCAAGCUUCCAUCACAUGUCCUUGUGGUGAAAUGUUUCUUGCACCAUAUAAUCAUUCAAUCAUUGCAUUACACUAGACAAUAGGUGCAGGAGUAGGCCAUUCGAGCCAGCACCACCAUUCAAUGUAAUCAUGGCUGAUCAUCCCCAAUCAGUACCCCGUUCCUGCCUUCUCCCCAUAUCGUCUGACUCCACUAUCUUUCAGAGCCCUCUCUCUUGAAAGCAUCCAGAGAACCGGCCUCCACCGCCCUCUGAGGCAGAGAAUUCCACAGACUCACAACUCUCCGUGUGAAAAAGUGUUUCCUCGUCUCCGUUCUACAUGGCUUCCCCCUUAUUCUUAAACUGUGGCCCCUGGUUCUGGACUCCCCCAACAUCGGGAACAUGUUUCCUGCCUCUAGUGUGUCCAAACCCUCAAUAAUCUUACAUGUUUCAAUAAGAUACCCUCUCAUCCUUUUAAACUCCAGAGUGUACAAGGCCAGCCACUCCAUUCUAUCAACAUAUGACAGUCCCGCCAUCCCGGGAAUUAACCUUGUAAACCUACGCUGCACUCCCUCAAUAGCAAGAAUGUCCUUCCUCAAAUUUGGAUAUCAAAACUGCACACAAUACUCCAGGUGUGGUCUCACUAGGGCUCUGUACAACUGCAGAAGGACCUCUGUGCUCCUAUACUCAACUCCUCUGGUUAUGUAGGUCAACAUGCCAUUCGCUUUCUUCACUGCCUACUGUACAUGCAUGCUUACUUUCAUUUACUGAUGAACAAGAACCUCCCAGAUCCCGUUGUACUUCCCCUUUUCCCAUUUUGACACCGUUUAAAUAAUAAUGUGCCUUCCUGUUUUUGCUACCAAAGUGGAUAACCCCACUUGUAUCCACAUUAUACUGCAUCUGCCAUGCAUCUGCCCACUCACCCAACCUGUCCAUGUCACCCUGCAUUCUCAUAGCAUCCUCCUCACAGUUCACGCUGCCACCCAGCUUUGUAUCAUCUGCAAAUUUGCUAAUCUAAAUCUAAUGAUUUAGAUGGAAUCCCUUCAUCUAAAUUAUUGAUGUAUAUUGUAAAUAGCUGCGGUCCCAGCACUGAGCCCUGCGGUACCCCACUAGUCACUGCCUGCCAUUCUGAAUGAUACCCGUUAAU